UCUUUGAACCAAUGGCGAGUUGUAUUUCCACGCAUGCGCAGUUCACCGUCUGCUACACAUGCGACCUUGCUCCAUAGAAACUACAGAUGAUGUGGUGUUUAUUCUGGUCCCAGAGGAGAGCUCUUCACUCCUCACUGAGUUUACUGAAGAAGACAAAGAGUAAAAGUCCCGCCGAGCAGCGCUGGCUGCAGCGGCAGCUCAGAGACCCGUAUGUCAAAGCGUCCCACGCACAACACUACCGCUGCAGAAGCGCCUUCAAGCUGCUGGAGAUAGAUGACAGGUUCAGGCUGCUGCAGCCUGGAUGCGGUGUGGUGGACUGCGGAGCAGCACCUGGAGCCUGGAGCCAGGUGGCAGUCCGGAGGGUCAACUCAGCCGGGACAGGUGACGGAGAUGAGACAGAUUCAGCGUUACCACGUGGUACAGUUGUUGGCAUUGACCUGCUGAACAUACAACCUCUGGACGGUGCUCACUUCCUGCCCUGUCACGAUGUCACCGACCCCGUCACGCACGCCAAACUGCUGGAGCUGCUCCCCGGCGGCCAGGCUCACGUCAUCCUGAGCGACAUGGCGCCCAACGCCAGCGGCUUCCGGGAGAUGGACCACGAGAAACUCAUCACCAUGUGUUUUUCUUUGUUAGGCUUGGCUGAGAGGAUUUUACAGCCGGGGGGCUCUCUGCUUUGUAAAUACUGGGACGGCAUCCUCGCUCAUAAACUCCAGGAGAAACUCUCCGGUGUGUUCAGCAGCGUUCAGACUUUAAAGCCAAACGCCAGCAGGAAGGAAUCAGCUGAGAGAUAUUUCCUCGCUAGAGUGUACAGAAAGCCAGUAAAAUGAUCAUAGCUGUCUUUUAGUUUUCUAAUGUGCAUCCUAAAAGGAACAACGUUUCUGCAGACUGUGUUUUUUGAUGAGUGAACAUGAAGAAGAGGUUUACUUUGAUCAAAAGGUGGCACUGUUGAGGCAUCGGUGAGGCUCACAGCUGCAGGCGCAGACACAUUAAACACUGCUGGUGCUGAUUUCUAUCCCUGCAAACUUAACACAGUGGCAGCAGUGAAUCAGUAAUAUGUAAACCUAUGCAAGAACCAUCAGUGUGAUAUUCCUCAAGAGCCCGGUUUUCUCUCAACUUAUUGUUUGCCCCACAGUGUUUGUUCUACACAGUCAGUUUGGUAUUUGCUUUGUUACAGAAAGUCAUUUACCAGUUCUGCUUAUGCUAAUAAUUUGCACUGCCAGCCAUGUAGAAAUAUGUAAUCAUACUCUCAUUGAGAGCUUCUGAAGGGAAGGCCUAAUGCAGAGUCACAUACAGCAUGACUAAUGGGAAGUGGGAUGAUGCUGAAGCUUGGCACGCUGCAGGUGUUGUCGGGCUCUGCUCUCUGAGACGUCUAUUUCCUGUGAAAAAUAUUUUCAGCCCAGUAGACAGAUUUUCUCUUAAGAUUCUUCUUUAAAUCACUGUGUUGGACACUUUGGAAAGUAUUUUUCUUUUGUUUCUGUGCUUUUUCAUAUUGAUUCGAUUUUAGUCUGGCCGGAGCUCAGAUUCCACUGGAAAUGAAAUAAAAGGAUGUUUCUAUCAAAACUGCA